ACUAUAAGGUUUUUAAAGUAAAUAUAUUAUAAUUAAAAAAUUCUUACUUUUCCGCGAGGAUUUCUUUUUAUUGGUGAAAUAUUAUACAUUUCAUCUUCACUGUCGCCUUGAUUCAUGUUUUAUGAGUUAAAAAUAUUAAAUAGCCAAAAUAAUGAAAAUAGUUCAAACUAAAAUUAUACGUCUACAAAACCGAAUGGAUGUACCUAGUCAAAAAAUUAAAAAUAUAAUUUAACCGCAAAUACCGUAUUCACGGUGCAUAAAUCUGCCAAUGACAACCGAAAUGCUCCGACGGCGUUGAUGUGUUUCGUAGUGGGAGUAGGUUGAUCAUGAUUUCUAGUAGCGAGUUAUGGUUUACCGCCGUAUGCGUUCUCUCGUGGCACAAGGUAUAGUAUGGUAGCUGUGUCGUUUAUUCGAGAUAGGCAGGUACUGAUAAAAAUCGUUCAUGAGUUCAUGAUAAGAACCGUUUUAUUAGUCUGGUUAUCUAUGGUUAUUAUGUGUAAAUGUGUUAGUUGGUUAGUUUGAUAUAUUGGUCAGUGACAUAGUUAGUACACUGUUUUGUAUAAUACACAACAAAGUUUUAUUUUCUAAUUUUUUCUUAUUAGUUAUAAGUUGAACAUAUUCAUUACCUAUUUCAUAGUUAUUUUAAGUAUUUUAGAUACUUAAUCUUCAUUCAAUUGCAUAAAGAAAUAAAAAUAUAUAUAUUAUUGUUUAUAAUUUAUAUUACAUUAAAACUAUUUUAAUUGAAUUUUGUUACUGCAUACUGUAUAUUAUACCUAUAUUUUUGGUUUAAAAAAUCACUGUAUUUAUUAUUUUAUUUAAACAACUACCUAAACAUGGAAAAAAUGGAAGUACAAACCAAUGACAAUGUUGAUAAGAAGUUUCCUUUUGAUCUAUGGAGAAAAUUUAAAAGCAUGUUUACAUUUAUAAUGGAUGAAGAAGCAGAUUCAUUAGAUGAGCAUGCUAAAAUUAUGCGUGAGGUUCUAAGUAAAAUGGGUGAACAGGAAGGAGUCUUUAGCCCGUUUAUUAGUACCAAAAGCAAUACAUAUAGUGUUGAUUAUUAUAAAGGUUUCUUAUACUGUAUUUAGUAAAAAUAAUUUUUAUAAAUUUGUGUAUAGGUAUCUAUUAUAUAGGAACAUUUUUGUAAAUUGUAUUAAAUAUUACCUGUAUUUAAAUUCUGUUAUCUACUUAUAUUUUUUUUUUUAGAAUUUACUAUUUGGAUAAUUGGUCAGCUUGUGAAAAUUCUAAGUCAUAAUGGAUUUUCUCCAUUACAUAGUAAUUCAAUACAUAGCCAAACAUGUUUAUUGGAAGUUCUUUCUUGUCAAAAUAUUUUUAUAUAUGAUUGUGCAAUUAAUGAUUAUUCUAAAUUUAUAACAAGUAAUUAUUUAAGUGAAUUUUGAUUUUUAUUUUUAAUUGAUCUAAAUUGUAGAUUGCUUAUUUAGAAAUGGCUGAAAAUAUAGUUAAUGAUUCAUGGCCAAUGAUUAUCACAUGGUGUAAUCCUGAAAAAAACUUCCGAACACAAUUAUCUGGAAUUGAUUUUACUCCUAUCAACAUUUCUAUUAAAGAUCAAAACAGUUAUGUUUAUUUGCUGUGUCAACUUUUUCAGCUAUUUUCUAAUAAUGCAUUUUCUCUGAAUUAUAUAAAGAAAAAUACUGCUAUAAAAUUUUGGCAGUGUGUUACAUUAAUUAUCCAUAAUACAAAUGCAAUAACUGUCACAGAAUCUGGUCUAUAUCUGAUUGUGCAUAUGUUAGAGUCUGUAUCACAUAAACAAUAUUUUGAAGUAAAAGUUAUACUUAUUACAGUAUUACAUUUUUACUGGAACAAAAAUUAUACAUAGUAUUAUUUUUAGAUAUUGGAGAAUAUUUAUACCAUGCUGUUUGAUACAAUUGAACAAGUGUGUUUGAAAUAUAAUAGUAAUGACCAGCUGAAUAAAAUUCAAAUUAUUUUGAGUGAUAUUUUUGACACCAUACGUAAAGCUGGACCAAUUAAUAGUACAACUAUUAAUAUAGCAAUAAUAAAUUUAGUUUCAAAGUUAUUACUUUCUGAUAAUAUUAAAGGUAUUUAUAAAAUAUUGAAGGUUUUUUUUUUUUUUUAAAUUUAACUAUUUAAUGAAAAUAUUGCUAAUUGGUCAUACAUUAAAAAGUAUUUAUAGUUAUUACUUAUAAUUAUAGUUAAAUGUAAAAUAAUAAAGGCAUCUGUGGAUAAGGUUUAUUUUCAACUGUUAUAAUUAUUUUCGAUCAAAUAUAUAUGUAUACACUUACAUUUCUUGUAAGAAAGUUUUUUAUCCAGAUACAAAAUUGUGUAGGUUGUGCAAAAAUACAAAUGGUAAUAUGAGGGGAUCAGAAAUUCAGAACACCAAAUCCCCUCCUGUGUAUGCCCCUUUGUGCAACAUGCCUACACAUGUUACAUAGUUAUAGUGUAACCACUUACAACUGUCAUAUUUGUGUAAAAUACUAGUGAAUAGAAUUGUUUUAUUUUAUAUGAUAAAUAAGCACAAAUUUGAAGGAUUUUCUAAAUCACCAAAUAGCAUAAGUCUUUUAAAAUAAAAUAUAGAAGCACUUUCAAGUUUAACAUUCUUUUAAUCAUAAGUGUAUUGAUUUUCAACAGCCUAUUUGGAAAGAAAUUCAUUGCACUUGAAAUAAAUAUAUUCUAAAUUAAAAAGGUUUGAUAUUUUUAAAACUGGCUAUGUAGAAAUUAGGACCAAAACAAAAUAUUGCCUUCCCUCUUAGAUGUAUGGGUUAAGAGUGUAAGAAUUCAACAAAGAGUCUAUAAGUUGUUCUAAGUAGUAAAAUAAAAGUCAAGGGAAUGCCAUUUUUUUUUUUUUUUUUUAACAUUUUUUUAUUUAAAUUAUUGAUAAAACUAUUAAAAUAUAGAGAUUGUAAAUUAACUUUUAGUUGCAAAUUAAUACAAUUUUCAGAUCUGAGUAAAGAUGAAUUUUGAUAGUCUGAUGGUCGAAAAUUGAAAUGUGCCAGAACAUCAAAAUUUGUUGGUCAUCAGAUUGUGGUCAGUCGGCUGUUGUGGAACUUAAUAUUAUGUGACAAAUUGCCAUGGGGUGGUCGCUACAUCAACCUUUCUGAGCUCGUGGUACUAAUUUUUGAUUUUAAAAUUAUUUAUUCCACUAAUCUCAUGAAAAUAAAAAAACCAUAUGAAUUUUGCCAAUAAAAUGGCUGAUAAUUGUAUCAUGUACCAGGAGUUCUGAAACCAUCAGGUUAUGAUCGAGAGGUUGUUAGCUGCUCAAUGACUGUUGGAUGUCCAUUACACUAACCUUUCUGAUUUCUUAGUACACAUUUUUAACUUAAAAAUUAGUUAUACAAUUCAUCAGAAAUACGAUGGUUUAUAACACUUUUACAGCUGAGCAUUGCAACUGAAGAUCAGAAACUUUUAGUUGUGACAGGUAUUUUUGUUUGGCUCACUAGCAAUUUGUAUCUUGACCAUUCAAUUUUCUUCAUUUCUUUUCAGUUUCAUUUUUAGAUACUGAAGCUGACAAAUCAAAUUUUUUAAUUUUUAUGAUUGUUUAUAAUGAUGCUUUUAAAAAUUAAGUUAAUUAUUGUAAAAUUGUUGAUAUUUAUGAUUAUUUCGAUUUUUCAUUUAUAAAACUUAAAAACUUAAAAACUUAAAAAAUUGGUACCAUAAGCUCAGAAGGGAUGGUGUAGAGGUCUGUUGAUGGUUUUGAAGCUACGUUCUAGCAUUAGAACACAUCAGACGACCUUUGGCUUCUGAUAUAAUACAACAUUUCAAAUUUUGUCUAUACAAUUUGAAAUUAUAUUUAUUUAAAAUUGUAUAGACAACAUUGUUGCAAUCAGAAUUUAGACAUAAUUACCAAUUUUCUAUUUACAAUAGUGCCCACUCAUAAUUAGUAUCUUUUUAUUAUAUAAUUAUAUUCCUUGUUAAACAUUAAGUUUUUUAUAAUUCGGCCAUCAAAUUACUAGGUGUUGGAUAAGCUAAAUGCUAGUUAUCUGUAACCCCUUCCCUAAUUAUGGGUCCACUAGAAAUAAAAUACUUUUAACUGAAAUGUAAAGUAUAAUUUGAUUUUUAAUGUAACUUAAUUUUUAUAUUUUAGUAACAAACCAAUUUUCUGAGGCAAUGUGUAACUUGAUUAAAUCAUUGUUUGUUGAUGAAAUUGUUGAUCCUAAUUUAAUAAUGGAAAAAUUACCAAUAGAUCGAAUUAUAUAUUUUUUAACUUCACCGGUAAGUACUGACUUGGUGAAAUAUUAAAAAAAUGUAUUUAUUUUAAACUUGAAUGCAUUUAUUGUUUUUUUUUUUUAUUCAGGGAAGAAAUAUGUUGUUUGAGUUAUUUAUUUUACAAGAAUUAAAGGCGCAUAAAGAAACUAUUAAUGAAGAAAAAAUUGAUGAAAAUAUGUUUUUUGAUAAUGAAAAGUUAGUUUCAAAUUGUACAUAACAUAUCUAUCAAUUAUGUUAUAUUUUUUAUCUACUCAACUUUAAUAUUAUAUUUUUUAAUUUUAGAAAUAAUUAUGUCUAUAUGACAAUAUCAAGUUCAAUUUGGUCUCGAAUUUGGGAAAAAUUUAAUCAAGCUGUAGAAUCUCCUAAUGAAAAUCUUACUAUUGAAGAAUUUCAAAUCAUUAAUUGUACUGCUAGUCUUGCUUAUCAUUUAGAUACAAAUUUAAUAAAUGAGAAUUAUCAAUUUUUACCAAACAUGAAUAUUGAUAAAUUAUUAAAUAAAAUGUUGACAUAUGUUUUAAAUUAUGUCAAUUAUUCCACAAUAGAAACAUUAUUAUCGUCAUGUGGUAAUCUAGUUUGUUUACAAGAAUCUUCUACCUUUUCAGUCAAUAAUGCUCAAACAUUGCUUGCAAUUCUUUCAUUGCCAUGGAUGGGUAUUUCUAAUGGUUUAUUCAAAAGCUUGCCUUUAUAUAACAUUCUCAAUAUUAUAAUGAAAAAAUAUUCUACUAUUCUUAGUAAGUCAUUUUAUAUGACUCAUUUAGAAAAACAAAAUUAAUUUAGUUUUUUUUUUGUUUUCAGGUAAUAAACAAAUAAUAAAAAAGUGUCUUACUUAUAUUAGCCGUAUGAAAAAUAGUGUUAAUUUUGAUUGGCGAGAACAAGUUAUUAUUACAUCUCUAAAUGAUAUAAAUUUAUGUGAAACAGCAAUUCAAAAUUUACCAUUUUUAUUUUUAAAAAAAAGCAAUCAAGAUAAUUCUAUUUUGUUUAAAACUAUUGGACUUUUUGAUGAGACCACAAAUAUUGUAUUUGUCAAAAACUUUAGAAUCCUCAUGUGUACCAUGUAUGGCCGAACAAUUAGCCAAAAUAAUAAAAUUACUCAUCAAGAAGAAUUAUUUUGUGUUGAUUGUGAUCAUAAAGUUACUUCUGACUUCCAAAUAUGUUCAAUAGAUAAUAAUUAUAAAGAGAAUCUUAAUACAUUUUGGCAAAUGUUACUUCUAUUAUUUGUGAACAAUUCAAACACACUCAUAAGAUGUGAAAUUAUUAAAAAUAUACCAAUGAUAAUAAAUCAUGUUUAUAUAGAUAGCUCUUUUAGAAAUCAAAUGUUAAUGCUAAUCAAUGAUAAAGAUGAAGAAGUGCGUAUUCACUGUUCAAAAAUUUUAAAUUACAUAAUUUUCGAGAAAGAUUCAAGUGAAAAUAUUCAAAUGGUUCAAUCAUUUUUCCCUCAAAUAUUAGAUAUUCUUUGUUCAACUGCAAAUAUUAGUCUCAAAUAUGGAAAUACUGAACUACAAUAUACUUGUUUAGAAACUGUUUUUAAUAUUGGAUGGUAAGUUUUAAGUAUAGCCUUUAUUUUAAAAAACUAAUUUUGUAUAUUCUCAGAGUUACACUGAUAUAAUUAUGUGAAUUUUUAACUCUUAAAACCUUUAAUUCCUUAAAAUUCCUUUAAUUUAAUUAAACCUGAAACUUGUAAUUAUGAAUCCAAAUCAAGUAUAUUAACAUAAGAUAUAUAUAUUUUACUUAAUAGUGUGUACUUACAUACAUAUACAUUUUUAGUUUAUUAUUAAUUUCAGUGUACCAAUAGAAUCAACAAUACUUCCGUCAAUGGAAUUUAUGUUUCUAUUUCUAAUACAUCCAAACUCUUCAUAUGGAAACGUUGCAAAAUUUUACUUGACUGAAAUAGCUGCUGCACAUAAUACAAAAUUUUUAGUGGUAUUUGAUCGUUAUGAAACUGAAUUAAUGCAAUACAUAGCUAAUAAUUUAGUUGCAUGCUAUCAUACUUAUUAUCCCAAUAUGGAUAUAAAGAAAACUUAUAAUAAACUGGGCUUUACACAUAAGGAUAUGUAUGCCAUAAAACAAUUGAUAAAAUUCAUAUUUCCUUGGUGUAUUAAAAAGCCAACCACAAGAAAAAUAAUAAUUGAGAUUGCAUCAUUAGCUCAGAAAAAUGAAAGUAUUUUAAUAAAGGAAUCAUUUAAGGUAAAAUAUACAUUUCUAUGAUUACCUAUGUUUAAAAAUAUUUAUAUUUUAUGUUGUUAUUAGUAUUGUUUUUCUCACUUAUUACUUUCUGAAAAUAAAGAAAUUUGUAAACAAGGCUGUCAACUUUUAGAAGAAAUAACUAAUACUUCCUUGGUACAUUUGGUCAGACUUUCUUAUACAGUAAGAAAAUCAGUUUUUUAUACAAACAGGCUUAUGUAUUUAAUUAAAUAUUAUAAUUUUUAAAGCCAAUUAUAGCUGAGAUACUUUUACAUUUCCAUUCAAAGUAUGAUCAAGCUGUAGAAGCUAUUAAGAUAAUACAAACAUAUGAUGUUUUAUUUAAUGUACAAAACAAUACAUCAAUUGUUAAUUUUGUAAGUAUAUUUUAAUAGAAAUCAAUUCAAACAUUGCAAUAAACUAUUUUAAAAUUAAUUCAUUCUAUCAUAAAAUUAUGUCUUUACUUAGGUAAUUGUUAUUAAUAAUAAUGAAGGGUUACUAAGUAGAAAAUAGUUGAUAUUUAUGUGUGAAGAGUUAAAUAUUAUGAGUAUUUAAGUAUUAUGUUUAACUCAUUUAAUUUUCCUCUUUUAUUUUGUAUGUGCCAUUUCUGAGUUUUACUCUUAAAUAACUGAUUUUAAGAUCAAAAAAUGUCACACCUGUCUUCACCCAUUUUCAAAUUCACUGUCUCAGUCUAACUAAUGAGUAAUACAUCAAAGUGAUGUUGUUUAGAAUAUAUAUUGUAGCGUUUAAGUUGAAAUUACAGUUUAAACCUAAAUAUAAAAUUUAAAGAAGAGAGUAUUUCUAAGGGCUCUAUGUACAUUUUUCUAAAGAAUUGUUUUAUAAAGAUUUAACGCGCUGUUUAAAAAAAAAAACUAACGCCCAUAAUCUUAUUGUGUGACAAUUUUUUUGAAAAAAGUCUUAUAGCCUUAGGAAAUAUUUUUCUUUGUAUUUUAUUUUAGUAUUUCCUUUUUUUUCCCUCCCCCCCCUCUUCCUGAGAGAGAUGUUAGUACUAUAAAUCAAUAUUUUAUUAUUUUUGUGACAUUGCUAUUACUUUAUGUAAUCAUUUCUUAAUAUUUUAUAGUAUUACUUAUUGUUAUUAUUUUUGUUCUUUUUGUACAAUUUUCCUCAAAUGUUUUUUAUUUAAUAUAUAUAUAUUAAACACGUAUAUAAGUUAGAUAAUUUUAAAUAUACAUUUUAUCGUGUUGUUGCUGAAAAAGGAUAUUUUUCAACUCUGAACACUCAUAAGAUCCUCUUAAAUAAAGUGAGGGUUUUACAAGUAUGUGUAUACAUAGUGUUAGUAUCAAUGAUAUGCCAUCUGGGGGUUUUAAUUUUCACUCCCAACUCUACCAAUAUUAUACUUAAAUUUAAUAAUUUUUUUAAAGUAGUUUGAUAUUGUAUUAUUAUAGUAUUUGGUUAUUUAUUUUUUUACAUAGAAUUUUUCUAUAGUAUAAAAUAGGUGGGGGUAAUUAAACUAUUGAAUUCUGUUCUACAACCAAUAUUACUUUAUUGUUGAGAAAAACUUUAUUGCUAAUAUAUUAAUUUACAUCACAUACUAUGUGUAUGUUCCAUUUUUAAUUAAUAGUUGAUUAUAAAUAUAAAAUAUUUGUGUUAAACUGUUAAUUAUAAUAAAGAAUAUUUAUAUUUUCAGGCAGAUUUUCUUUCCCCGAGGUUUUUAGGUAUUCUAAUGAUUUUAGAAUCAAAAUUAGUAAAAAAUUCACCCAGUUCUAUAAAAGAAAAUAUUCUGUUGUCUUUGGCGGAUAUAUUAAAAUUAAUGGGUAAUCGUUUUGUUACUCCGACAAGAUUUAAAAUAUUGGGAAUAUUACGCACAGCUAUAUCAUUGAAAAAUAGUUCCUUUAUAUACUUAGGACUAAAAGCCUGGGAUUCAUUUAUUCAUUGGUACAUUUUAUUAAUAAAUGUAACAAUACUUUUAAUUAUAUCUAUACUUACUUAAUAAUAAUUUUUAGUGUUCAUAUGGAAGCAUUGGGUCCUAUGUUGAGCACAAUAUUUGCAUCUCUCAUGCCGCUAAUAGAUAUUUAUCCUAAUAAAAUAGCAAAUAUGUUUUAUUUUAUGGUCAAAGAAAAUGAACAGCAUCUUAAAAAUCAUAUAGCUGAAUUGUAUUUCCUGAAUCCACAUUCAGCAAAUCCGGUAGUAUUCAAUAUAGUUCAACAAUAUACUAAAAAAGUAUUGUAAGUUUUCAUUUUUAUUGUAUUUUCAAAUGUAAGUUAUCACUGGUGAAUUCAUUUAAUAACAAUUUAUGUACUUAUAUAUUUAGCAAACAACCAUUGAAUAAAUUAUUGGUAUGGUUAUUGGACAUUGUGGACCAUAAGACAUUAGAAGUUAAACUGUAUGGUUUAAAUCGACUACAUUCAGAACUUUCAGUUCAACAGUCUGAAGUUACUAAACUAAUAUUGUCUAGUGAUAAUGUGAAUUCUGUAAUAAUCAAAGUAAAAAGAAAAUUUUGAAAAUUUUGAAAAAAUGUUUUAAAAAUUAAUUAACCUAUUAUUUCUUUGGUUUUAUUAGUUGUUAGAGGUUCUAACUGAAAAUUUAAGACACCAAGACAAAAGAGUAAGACUUACUAGCAGUGAAUGUUUAGGAAAAAUUGGAGCAUUAGAUCCAAGUUAUUUACCAAAUAAUAUCAUUAAGGAAGGUAAAUACUUUACAAUAAUUAAUAAUUUAAAAUUAGUAUAACCAACUUUAAAAAUGUUUUUAUUCGUUAUAUAUGUUCUAUGUAUACAAAUAAUUAUGAAAUAUUUACAAUAAAAUUAACACAAAAAUAUUUUUAAAAUAAAAAAAAUAUGAAGACUACAUUUUACUUACUAUAGGUUAGGUUAGAUUUAAUUAUAUGGUAUCCUACCUUUCCACAUAUAACAGUGGCAUACCCCAUCAGCUAUGUUUAAUUUAUUUUUAUAUUUUUGAAUUUCAACCUCUAAAGUACAGACAUUUUUUGUACGAUGAAUAGACCAUUCUUGUAGGUGAGAAGUUGGGAAACCAGAAGAAAAAUGUAAUGUAAAUCUGUGCGCAACGAUUAACCAUUGAUAACGAAAAACAAUUUUGAGUAGAGUUUGGUUGCUAUAGUGGUAUUGGUUAUUAUAGUGUUGCUUUGUCAACAAUAUAUAUGUCAUAUUAUAGUAAAAUAAUUGCAUAUGCAUUAUAUAUUGUUUUUAAUAAUAUUUGUUUAAUAUUAUACUUAUUAUCAAAGAAUUAAAAAAUAAACUUCCUAAAGUACCACUCCAGUCAGAUGUCCUUUCAGAAAAAGUGCUAUAAUUAAAAAUUGGAGCAAUAUUUCCGGUAGAAAAGUUUUUCACAGAUUAAAAAAAAAAAUUAAAUUAAAUGAACAUUGUAAAACUAAUAUAUUCCUCACUCCUCUCAGAAUCUAAAAUUACAAAAAUUAUUUUGUGUUGUUGAAUAUUGUUUGUGAGAAAAUUUAGAGUCCAUAAGUAAAUUAAGAAGAGGCCACACCCAUGCAUAAAAACACAAAAAACCUAAUUUGAGUUCAAUUGUAUCAUUUUUGUGCUGUCAGUCUUAUUUAUUAAAGUGAAUUAACUCAUAUCAAAAUUUAAGGUAAUAAUAACAUCUGUGCAACUAUAUUGGAUUUUUUCUCAAUAUUUCAAUUUUUAAGCGAGAUAAGACAUUUUCAAACUAUAUUUUAUUAAUUUACUUUUACUGUACUUAAACAUUAAAAUUUCAAAUAAAUUGCCAUGGUUGUACAGAUAUUGUUCUUUUCUACAAGUUUGAUAAUAUUUAAAUUAAUAGCACACAAUUUUCCCUAUAGAAUCAAAAUUUGUUAUGUUAUAUUAUAUAUUUGUGAGAUAAAAAAGGCAUAUGCGAGUGUUAGGUUUGGUAUACUUUUAGUUAAUAAUAUUAUUUAAUACAUUUCAGGGCGAAAAAAAGAAUUUCCUCUUGAUAUAAAAAGUACUGAAUUUGCCAUUUCUGCUUUAACUAUACUAGGACAAGGUUUACAAUCCACUAGAAAUUCUCGGUACAUGGAUUCUUUUGCAGUUGCAAUACAAGUAUGAAUUAUUAUUUAUAAAUUAAAUAAAAUAAUUAAACACAUUAUAUGUUUUUACAUAGCAAAUUCUACAAGUUUAUAAUGUUAAAAAAGAUUCAGUUAUUUGGUCAUCUAUUCCGUGUACGUUACAUGAAAUUAUAGAUCCACUUUCUUCUUCGAGGUACACUUUGGAAACAGAACAAUAUCCUACAACAGUACCACAUCCAAUAUUUGGGUAUUUUCUUUAUUUUUAAACAUAAUUAUCAAAUAAAAAUUAAAUAUUUAUAAGUUAGAUCUGCAAAAAUUAAUACAUUAAACUCGUGGGCUUAUAAUUGGGUCAAUCGCCUUGUUUUAUUAAUUAAUGAUGAAGAUGCUAAACGUACUUUUAUAUACUGCAAGUCAAGUAUUCGAUCAGAUAAUGAAGCAAUGCUUUUAUUUUUACCCUAUGUUUUACGUAAGUUUUAAUAUUUUUUAUCACAGUAGAUACCGUUUAUAAUGACACCAGUUGUAGUGACAUAUCGGAUGCAAUGACCUUACAUUGAAGGUGCUGACAAAACCCCUAUAUUGUAUGUAUUAAUUUAUAUUGAUUAUUAUGAUGUCUGUAUAAUGACAUAUGGUUGUUAUGAUGGUUAGUUUUAGAUAUAUAUCAGGAAAAUCUGUUAUCUAUAGGGAUUGUUUUAUACUUUUAACAAAGGUAAUACAAUGUAAAUUUAAUUUAAUUUUUUUAAAUAAUAAAACAACUUUUAUUUUUUUUUUCUGUCUGAAUUGAAGUCACAAUUUAAUGAUAAAAAUAUGACACAUUGAUUGUAAUACAAUACUAUGUUCAUAUAAAUUCAUAUGCAUAAUCAAGUUUUAGAUUCUGAGUCGAGCAAAGAAUCUUAUGGUUUUACAAUGAUAUGUUUUUUCUGCGCCCAACUUUUCUACCAAAAAUCUUGCUCCAGUUUUUUAAAUGUAGCACCUUUAAAACAGAUAUGUUAAGGAGGUUAGAGAUUUUUUUUAUUUUCUCAAGAAUAACAGGAAAAUGUAUGAAAUGUAUUAGGUUUUGUUUUGCAACAAUAUACAAUGAUAGUACUUUUUGUAAAAGAAAAAAAGUUAUGUAUUUUAGGAAUGUCAUUUGAUUUUUCCUGGAGUUUUCUCAAUAAAUCGGAAAAUAAGUAUAAUAUUGAAUAAAUAUUAUUAAAGAAAAUAUAUAAUGCAUAUUUAAUUAAUUUUAUCAUAAUAUGACAUAUGUAUAUAAUAUAUUGUUGAUAAAUCAACACUAUUAACUUAACUCUACUCAGAAUUUUCGUUAGCAAUGGUUUUCUGUUGCUUACAGAUGUACAUUAAAUUACCCAUAGCAGUGGCUACACCCAACCCCAUUAUCCUAGGACAGCUCUUUAAACUUUAUUUUAUCACUUUGGUUAUAAUACGACAAUUGGUUUAUUAUGAUUUAUUUUAACUAGAUAAUUGAAUAUUAUUAUAAACGGUUUCUACUAUAUUUACUUUAUAAUGGUUGCUAUUGUAUUAUUCUUUUUUUCAGUCUUCAUCCUACUUAAGGGUUGACCAGUCCUAAACUUCAACUUAAGAGAACGUCACACCAACAUCUACUGUCUCCGUCCUACAAAUGCGAGACAUAGCAUAUUUGCGUUCAGUAGGACAUAUUUUAUUUCAUUAGUUUUAAUAUUAAAGCAAAUUGACUUUUUACCAAAAUUAAAUGCAAAACAAACAAAACUGCAUUAAAAAGUGGUUUUUAGAGUAAAAACACCUAUUAUGAGAUUUAUAGAGAAGAAUAUUUCUGAGGGAACUUCAUGUGGGUUUUGUAAUAUUCUAAAUAUACAGCCUGAUAUAAGAGGUUCAAAAACCUUUUUUUUUUUUUCAAUUUUUUAUAUACUGUAAUUGUAAAUUGUUUAAUAUCUACUAUUUCAAAAAAGUAUAUGAGAUUCCCUUAGAAAUAUUCUUCUCUAUAAAUCUCAUAAUUGGUGUUUUUACUUCUAAAACCACUUUUUAAUGCUGUUUCUUUUUUUUGCCUGGACGUAUUUUAUCGCUGAAAAUGACAAAUGGUAGCGACCUCUUAAUACCAAACUUAAAGGUAGAAAGAACACCCAAGCGUUGAUGUUUUUUCGAUAUUUUAAUUUUGAAGCAAGGUAUAAUAAUUUUUUAAUUGUGAUAUUUAACAUACUUAUGUCUCAUUUAAAAAUAAAAAUAUUGAAAAAUCAUCAACGCUUGAGCACAAAUAAUCUUCUUACUUUUAAUUUUGGUGAUGGGUUAAUUUGCUUUAAUAUUAAAACUAACGACACAAAAUGUGUCUGAAUGCAAAUUUGCUUAUCUCGCAUUUGUAAGACGGAGACAGUAGAUGUUAGUGUAGCAUCCUAUUAAUUUGAUACCCCACAUCGUCCUCACCUACACCUACUGUCCUCAUAUUGUUAAUUACAUUUAACUACCAUUUUUUUAUUCAUUGUUUUUCCCUAUUUUCUCCUAUGUUUAUUUAUUUUCAUAACUUUUUUACUGCUUCUGAUUCCUCUCUCAUGACAUGCCAAACCAUCUCCUUAUAUAUUUUCUCUAACUUUAUUUGCUAUCAAAGCCUAGUCUAUAUUACCUUUUAUGUACUCAUUCCAUAUUCUAUCUCAACACUCCAUUUAUAUGCUUAAACAUUCUUAUCUCACUCUUAUUCUCUCUAUUCUUAGACCACUCAAUAUUAUUAUAUUUUAACUAUUAUAAAUGUCUAUUUCCUUUUGUUUUUUUUUUUUUAGUUUAUGCAAUAUUGAGUUCUAUAGACUGUGAUUUAAUAUUUGAAGAACUCCUUGCUGUUAUAACUAAUGAUAUAGAUGAUACAACUACUAAUAAUAAUACGAAUAUUCCAAAAACUUGUAGAGACAUUAUAGCUGGUAGGCAGAUUGCCAUGGAAUAUGAAACAACAGAUCCUGUAGAACAACAAAAUGAAACUACUACUCGAGUAAUGUAUGUUAAAACAGCAUUCACAUUAUUUGACUUUUUAUUUAAAUGGGCCCGAGAACAGAAAUCGUCCAAAAACUCUACCUGUGAACCAGUUAUAAGUAAGAUGAUAAUUAUGAUGAUUAUUAUUAUUUAUUUAAAUAUAUAUUAUUUCUUACUGCACUUAUUAAAGGUUUCUUAAAAAGAUUUUGUAAACUAAAAUUGGCUGAAAUAUCAUUAGAAUUUGAUGAAUAUGCUCGAGCGCUUAUGUAUCUUGAAGAUUACCUUCAUGAUAAUAAAGAAAAGCUUCAAGAUUAUCUACCCACUCUUUCUGUAAGAUUUAUAAUGAAUAUAAUAUAAAGAAAUAUAUAUUUUUAGAAUUUAUAUUUUAGUUUAAAUGUGUUAUGAAAAAAUGUUAUGAUUUUCAAUUGUCUUUAUUUAUAAUUACAGUUUUAUCUAUUAUUAUAAAAAAAAACUAUAAAAUACUUAAAGAAAGUGAUGCAAAUCUAGCAAAAGCUAUUUGAUUUAAACUAGAUUGAAAUAACACAUUUGUAUAUAGUAGUUAUUAUUCAACCAUUAGAAAACACUGAAAAUUUGAACCUAAUAUUAAUAGCUUAUAUUUUAUCAAUUAUUUAGCAAAUUUAUUCUAAAUUAAAUGAUGCUGAUAGUCUUAAAGGUAUUAUUGCUGUCCAUAAUAACGAUCCAUCGCCUCAAGAAAUGAUACUUUUACAUGAAGUCAAUGGUCAAUUACAAGUAAAGAUAUUUUUUUUAACCAUUCAUUUUUACCUCAGAAAAUAUUAGUAUAAAAUUAUCUAAAAUGAUUUAGCUGACAAUCAAAUUUAUAUUUCAUAUACAACCAUUGAUUUUGUAAUAAAAUAUAUUUUAAAUCAAUGAUAUAAUACCCCUAAAGUUUAAUUUUUUUUUUCUUCUUACAUACCAUAUUAUGUAUUGAUUUAUAUUACAUUAUACUAAAAAUAGUUGUUCAUCUGUUCAUAUAUAGGUUGAUUCACUCAACUGGAAACACUCAUUAUCUCAGAAAAUACUAACUUUUACUGAAAACUUAAGAAUCAUAUAGUUCUAAAAUGUUACAUUAUCAUUUUUUUUGUAACUCUUAUUUUUGAGAAUGAAAUGAUUACCUAAUUUUGAUUUUUAAAUGACAACCUAUUUUGAAAAUGCCUUAAAUAGAUGGAGUUUUAUUUGAAAUAAAUUUUGGUAUUGAAAUUUUUGAUUUCCGUCAACCCGUUGACGAGAUAUUCAACUUUUAAGUUUUUGGUUGGAGGAGAGUAGUGAUACAAUAUUAACACACCGCGCGCCAUAUUGUCACACAAAUAAUACUCCACUAUUCUCCUUCAACCUAAAAUUUAAAAAUUAAAAAUAAUUAAAAAACCAAAAUUUAUUUUAUAUAAUACUCCAUCUAUUUAAGGCAUCUUCAAAAUAAGUUGCCAUUUGGAGAUCAAAAGUAGGCAGUCAUUUGAUUCCCAAAAAUAAGAGGUACAAUAAAAAUGAUAAUAUAACAUUUUAGAACUAUUUGAUUUUUAAGAUUUCGAAAAAAGUUAAAACUUUCCGAGAUAAUGGGUGUUUCUAGUUGAGUGAAUCACCCUGUGUAUAAAUAAAUAGUUAUUCAGUAAUAUAUUCAGAUUUUCACAAUAUUUCACCCAUACAGACUACAAGGUAUAACUACUGAAUUUUUUUUGAAAAAUGACAGGAUGCAGCUGCUUGCUAUGAAAAAUUAGCACAAAUGUAUUCAGAUCCCAGCUUAGAGUUUCAUAAAGGAAUGGUUAAAUGCUACUUGGGCAUUGAUCAACCAUUUACAGCAUUAAAAAUUGCUGAAGGCUUGACAAAUAUCAAGUAAUUUAUAAUUUUUCAACCUUGAAACUCUUUAAAAUAAUUGUUAUAAUUUAAAAUUUAGAUCAGACUAUAAAAAUCCGUUAUUUGGAGAGAAAGCUGAGGCAAUGUGGAGUCUUAUGAUGUUUGACCAGUUAAAAGAGUUCCUAAUUGAAAAACCAUUAAAUGCCAGUGAAAGUUGGGGUGUUUGCAUUGGUCAAGCUGUGGUAUACUUUUUGCAUAAAGAUAAAAACAGUGUACGUAAAGAAGUUUCAUCUAUAACACAUUUUGUAACCGAUUCUUUGUAUACUUCAAUGGUUGGAUCUGCUGGAUACAAAGAGGCAUAUCCAUUUAUUGUAAAGUAUGUUUUUGUAAUUUAUAUUAAUAGGUUUAUAUAAAAACAUACCUUUUUAAAAGUAUUUUAUUCAAAUUAUGUUUUGUUGAUUAUAGGUUGCAUAUUUUAAAUGAAAUGGAACAAAUAUUUAAUACUAUACUGAAAAUUGUUGAUGGUGAUACACAUGCUAAAGUUCAACUAAAAGAGUUAAUUACUAGUGAAAUGGAUGAAAGAUUACAGUGUUUACAGCCUCAAGCAUAUGUAUUGCAACAAGUGUUAUGUAUGCGACGUGUUGUAUUAACUGCUGCUCAACAUUUAGUUGCUGAUGAAUUAAAACCCAUCAUCAACCAUCAAAUUGGUAUAAGCUGGCUAAAAAGUAUUAAAGUGGCAAGAAAGUAAGUUUAUUAACAAUCAUAAAUUAUGUAUUAUCAAUAAUUAAUAAUUAAUUAUUUUUAGAUCAUUGAAUUUCCAACAAGCGUAUUCUAAUAUAUUAGCAGCUGAAAAGUAUAAACCUACAGGUUUAUUUAUUGAGAAAGCUAAACUGUUGUGGAAAAAAUCUGAUCAAGGACAAGCAAUAGAAACUUUAAAAAAAGGAAUUAAUAUGCUUUUUCCAAAUGUAGACAUAAUUAAAACUUUGCCGUGCGAUGAAAAAAUAGAGGAACGUAAAAUAUGUGCUUCUGUGUGUAUUCCAUUCUUCUAAAACAAAAUUUAUAUUUUAUUUUAUAAUAGAACUAUAGUUUUAUUAAUGUUAAGUGCUUAUAAACAUCUUUAUUUUAAAGGCUUUAUUAUUAUUGUCUAAGUAUAAUGAUAAAACAGUUAAUGUUGAUUUGGAGUCAAAUUUAUCAAAUAUUGAAAGUGCAUAUGAAAUGUUUGGAAUGUGGGAAAAAAGCCUUGUGAGGUUUGCACAUUAUCAAGAUCGUAUUCUCAACACCAUGACUCCUUCAGUAUACUACACAAAAGGAUUGUAAGUAUUUAAUUGUUAUAUAUGUAGUUAUAUUUUUUUUUUAUUAGUUUAUCUAAUUUGACUAUAUCUUUAAUAAUUUUCAAUUUUUAAGGACCUUAAUAAAUAACAUAGUUAAUUGUUAUGGUAUGUCAUUACAAUAUGGCUGUGAGUAUAUAUACCAAUCAAUGCCAAAGUUGUUGAGUAUUUGGUUAGAUUUUGGUAGUGACUUUAAUAGAGAUUUAAAAAAAAAAAACAAUAAAACAUCAUUAUAUUUGACAGAACGAAAAAAAACAUUUAUAAAAAUGACUAAACUUAUAGGCAAGUAAUGUUUAUCUAAUAAGUUGUAUAAUACUAUAAUCCAUUUAACCAGUUACUAUGUAAUAUUGAUUUUAGAGGGCUUUAUAUCCAGAUUGCCAACAUUUAUGUUUCUUACUGCAUUUUCUCAAAUAACAUCAAGAAUCUGUCAUCCACUAGAAGAAUGUUUUAAAACAUUGACUGAUAUUAUUGUUAAAUGUAUACUAGAUUAUCCUAACCAUUCUUUAUGGAUGCUCAUGACUUUACAUAAAGUAUAAAUUAUUUAUAUUUAAAUUUUUUCUAAAUUAUUAAUUACUAUAAUAUUAUUAUGUUGAAUUGUUUAUAUUAUGCAAAUUGUAUUAUAGUCACCGUUUAAUGUACGAGUGAGUAGAUUCAAUGCAGUUCUUAAACAUCCAAAAUUAAACAAAGUAAAAACCUUAUUGGGCCAAUUUAUGGAAUUGUUUGAAAAUUUAUCAGAGUUAUGUAACACAAGUCCUCAAAAUGCUCCAGUUGGUGUUAAAUUUCCUUUGCAAAAAAUUGCAAAAACUCUACCACGUUUAUUAACAAAUGGUUAUUUUAGCAACAUUAUGGUACCAGCUCAAAAAUUUCGUACUUUAGUAUUACCACGUAUCAACACUAACCGUAGUACUAAACAUAAUCCGUUUCCUGAGUAUGAUAUUAUAGAUAUUUAUUGUUAUUUAUGAUUAUUUGUUUUUAUUUUUAUCUUUAGUGAUCUUGUAUAUAUCCAUGGAAUUAAAGAUGAGGUGUAUAUAUAUAGUUCACUUCAAAAACCAAAACGAAUUAUAAUUUUGGGUUCUGAUGGUAAUGAAUAUCCAAUGAUGUGUAAACCCAAGGUAAAUUGUUAUAGGGAAAAUAAUUGUUAAUCAUAUUAAGUAGUUGUUUUUCAAUUUUAGGACGAUAUAAGAAUUGAUUCAAGGCUAAUGGAGUUUAAUAACAUUGUUAAUAUGUAUUUGAAAAGAGACCCAGAAGCAAGAGAUCGAAAUCUUUACAUAAAAACUUAUGUGAGUAUUUAUAUAAUUUUUUAUAUUCUAAAUGUAUUAUAAUAAACUUUAUUUUAUUAACUUCUUAAAAUUUUCUUAAUAUUUACCUAAUUUUCAUAAUUUUGAAUGUUUAAAAAUAAAGAUAUUAUUGUAAAAAAUGUAUAUGUGAGAUAAUUUAUUUCUUUUCAGCAACUUAUGCGAGUAUUUAUAAUUAUUGAUUUUUGUAUUUAAAUUUUAUAGAGUGUAGUACCUAUGAUACUUGAUUGUGGCCUAAUUGAGCUAGUUCAAAAUGUAGUCACUAUGCGGAGUGUAAUUUUAAACUGCUAUGAAACAAUCGGAAUUAAAGUAACAAAAAGUACUAUGCAAGAACUUCUUUGUAGUAAGCAUAUUUUAGAUGAUUUACAAUGAAAAGAAAUUAAAUUAUUUUAACAUAAUUUUUAGAUAUCAAAGAUUCUUUAGAGAAAAAAAGAUCAAUUUUUGUAAACAGAGCAUUGCCAAAAUAUCCAGCUGUUUUUAGAAAUUGGUAUCUUAAAGAGUUUCCAAGUCCAGGAGAAUGGUUGGUCAAUAUUUCACUAAGUAUUUAUCUAAAAUACUCAACUUUUAAUUAUUUGUUUAUUUUAGGUAUUUAGCUAGAAGCGAGUUUACUAGAACCACUGCGGUCAUAUCUAUAGUAGGUUAUAUACUGGGUCUUGGUGAUCGUCAUGGUGAAAAUAUUUUAUUAGAUUCAACUAAUGGUGGAGUUGUGCAUGUUGAUUUCAAUUGUUUAUUUAAUCGAGUAUAAUUAAAUACAUACAUAUUUUUAAGUUUACUUUAUAAGUAUAAAAUAUAUUAAAAAUUAAAUAGGGGGAAAAAUUUGAAUGGCCGGAACGAGUUCCUUUUCGAAUGACUCAUAAUAUGGUUGAUGCAAUGGGUAUUGGCGGACUUGAAGGAAUGCUAUCUAGUGCUUGUGAAAUAACCAAUCGAGUUAUGAAAUCACAUUCUGAACAAUUAGUUAGUGUACUCAAACCUUUUUUAUACGAUCCUUUAGUUAUGUGGACUGGUCGUGACACUAAAGCUGAUGAAAAUUCAGAAAUGACAAAUGAUCAAGUAAGUGUAUUUAUUAAAUAUCAUUCAAGUAAUAUAUGUGAUAGUUUUAGUAAAUAUGAAAUCUAUUUAUUUGAAUUUAUAUUUUUAGGCUAAAGAACAUUUAAAUAAUAUAGAAAUGAGACUUCAAGGUUAUGUAAGAGCUAAUUUGAAGAAUUCUUCUAUGCCACUUUCAGUUGCAGGUCAAACACGUAAAUUAAUUGAAGAAGCAACUUCUGUUGAUAACUUAUGUCAAAUGUACAUAGGCUGGAGUGCAUUUUUAUGAUACUACUUAUAUUAUUUAAUAUUACAUUUUUAUGUCCUAAAUAUUUGAUUUAAUUUUUCAAUUUAUUAUAUU